AUGUCAUCGCCGUCGCCCGAGAGGAGGCGCUCCACGCGGCCCCGGCCCAAACUGUCCUACGCUGACGCGGACUCCGACGACGAGCCCGAGCGCGGCGGAAAACGCCGGCGCAAUGCGGGGGUGAAGCCCGGUGCCCGUAAGGGCGGCAAGGCCAAGGGCGAGCCGAAACGGAGGCGGCGCUUGGCCGAGGCGCCGGCUAUGAUGGAGGAGGAGGGUGGCGCGAUCGACGACGACAUGUGCGCGUCGGAGCCGGACGCGGAGGAGAUGCGGAGGCAGGAGGAGGAGGAGGUGGAGGCCGCCUUGCUCGAGGCGGAGGAGCAGGCCAAGGCGGGGACUCUUCGCGCCAGGAGGAAGAGGAAGGUGGCGACGAGGCGGAGGACCGGGCUGAGGAGGGAGGGCGCCUCCGAGUCCGACGACCACUUCGUCGGCGACCCGAUGCCAGAUGACGAGGCGCGGCGGCGGUGGCCGGAGAAGUACAAACCCAAGGAUUCUGACGGUCCGAAAGCUAGCACUAAGAAGAAGCGGUCUAAUGCAGUGGCGGAGGAGGAAAAGGAAAAGCGUGCUCGGUGCCACUACAGAUCUGCCAUCGUGGAAGGCGCCACUUUUGAUCUUGGGGAUGAUGUCUACGUCCGGGCUCCUCCUGGCGAGGAUGAUUAUAUUGGAAGGAUUACCGAAUUUUUCCAAGGAAUUGAACAUAAAUCAUAUUUCUGUUGCCGUUGGUUUUACCGUGUGGCUGAUACGGUUAUCACACCCAAGUUGUUGGAGGUUCCUGAUCAUGAACACGAUCAUAAGCGUGUUUUCCUUUCAGAGGAAAAGGAUGAUAACCUGAUUGAGUCAAUUAUCUCGAAAGUAAAAAUUACUUAUGUUGCCCCAAACUUAACACAACAAGAAAAGGCUGAGCUUAUAUCAAAUUCAGACUUGUAUUAUGACAUGGCGUAUUCCGUGGCAUAUUCCACAUUUGCCAAUGUGCCACCAGAAAAUGGUGGACCAACAGGCAGCGAAACAACAUCAGAUAUUUCUUGUGACAAUGUUGACUCUUCUAUGGAAAAAGCAAUUGCUGACCUUCCAGUACCACCUGAUGCACAAAUGGAAACAGCGACACUGCUGGAUCUAUACUCUGGCUGUGGUGCCAUGUCAACCGGGCUUUGCCAGGGUGCUCCAUUGUCUGGCUUAAAAUUGACUACAAAAUGGGCUGUAGACAUGAACGAAUAUGCUUGCGACAGUCUAAAGCACAACCACCCACGCACACAUGUACGAACUGAGAAGGCCGAGAAUUUUCUUAAACUCCUUCAGGAGUGGGAUAAACUUUGUAAGGAAUAUGACGUCCAUAAUAGCACUUGUCUACCACGGAUUUUGAAUGAUGAUGAAGAUGACGAAAAUGGAGUAAAUGAACCUCUUUUGGAGGGUACUUUUGAGGUUGAGAAGCUUGUUGAUAUAUGCUAUGGUGAUCCAAACAAAAUUGAAACAGAUGGCUUGUGGUUUAAGGUACGGUGGAAAACAUAUGAUUCCAGCCAUGAUACCUGGGAGCCCCUUGAUGGCCUUAGAGAUUCUCCGGAAUGUAUUAAAGAUUUUGUGGAGAGUGGAUAUAGGGAAUCCAUUUUACCCUUGCCUGUACUCCCAAAGUUUCCGCUUCCGACACAUGUUGCUACUAAGCGAGGACAACACGUGCCAACUAAAUUCUCGCAAUGUCUAGUUGCAUGUGAUGAAACGGAAUCUAAGCUUUUGGACAAAGCUCUUUUUCUUAAAGACGCGAUAGAUGAUUUACCGGAGGUUGAAAACCAUCAACCUAAAGAUGUGAUGGCAUAUAAAGGUAGACCCAACACGGAUUUACAGCGCUAUAUCCGUCUCAACCGCAAAGACAUGGGGGACAACUCGCUUGGAGAUUCCACUCCAAAGGAAGGACAACUAUUUGAUCAUCAGCCGCUCGAACUGAAUAAGGAUGAUUACCAAAGAGGGGCAAACUUCCGCGACUUGAAAGGUGUCCGGGUCCCUGAUUAUGCUAUGACGUUCGUCAAGGGGAGGUCACUGAAACCAUUUGGACGCCUGUGGUGGGAUGAAACCGUGUCUACUGUUGUGACCAGAGCCGAGCCUCACAACCAAGCCAUUUUGCAUCCCAAUCAGAACAGAGUUCUGACCGUUAGAGAAAACGCAAGGCUGCAGGGCUUCCCGGAUUACUAUAGGCUGUUUGGCCCCAUAAAACAAAAAUAUAUCCAAGUUGGAAACGCCGUCGCUGUUCCUGUAGCCCGAGCCCUGGGAUAUUCACUGGGACAGGCAUACCAGCAGGGUGAAUUCAGUGGAGAGCAGCGCCCCUUGUUCAAACUGCCUGGGAACUUCGUCCCUGCGGCCCUAGCAACAGCUACAAGAUUGCCUCAAGGAUCUCCUGCAGGCGAAGUGUGUGCCUUCAAUUCUCUGAAUUUGCUUGAAUUAUCUGUUAGUCUGAAUUCUCUGGUUGCUCUUGAAUUGUGGUUGAUGAGAAGCUGCAGGAGGUACGCUAGUCAUAGACUUCCCGAGCAGAUUCCUGACGCGGAAGCCUGUUCAGACAAUGCGUUGGGCGUCGGAGGCCAAGAGUCGGCCAGGCACGUCGACGUGGGGCACCGUGCUCUGCCUGGGGAGGCUGUGGCUUUGACGGAGCAUCAGGACUCUGCUCGGGAAGGCAAUGCUCGCGAUGAUGCGGGAAGCUAA